ACAGACUAGAUCCAAGCCCCGAAGCUCACACCACCAGUUAUCCCCUCUCCCGCAUCCCCUCCGCCCGCCUUUUCUGCACCCCGUCCCUUGAAACCUCGGAUCACUGCCUGCGCCGCGCUCCGAAGAGCUCUGCCGGGGGAAAAACCCGGUGCCCAAGGAGAGACGGGGCGGCCGUGCUAGAUGCAUGGGGGAGGGCUCCGGUUAAUGCAAGUUCUGGGCUCCUGCAGGGACCCCGACAACUGUCAACAGCAACAGCAACGCGGGCCCUCCUCCUCUGCUUCCUCAGCGAUGCUUUUCCACAGUCUUUCCGGCUCGGAGAUGCACGGGGUCAUCGACGAGAUGGAUCGGAGAACCAAAAGCGAAGCACCGGCCAUCAGCUCGGCUAUAGACAGGGGAGAGACGGAAACGACCAUGCCUUCCAUCAGCAGUGACAGGGCUGCCCUGUGCGCCGGCUGCGGGGGUAAAAUCUCCGACCGUUAUUACCUCCUGGCUGUGGACAAGCAGUGGCACAUGCGCUGCCUGAAGUGCUGUGAAUGUAAACUCAACCUGGAGUCCGAGCUCACCUGCUUCAGCAAGGACGGCAGCAUCUACUGCAAGGAGGACUAUUACAGGAGGUUUUCGGUGCAGAGAUGUGCGAGAUGUCACCUGGGGAUUUCUGCCUCCGAGAUGGUCAUGAGGGCCAGGGAUUUGGUAUAUCACUUAAAUUGCUUCACUUGCACCACUUGCAACAAGAUGCUGACCACUGGCGAUCACUUUGGCAUGAAGGACAAUCUGGUGUACUGCCGCCUCCAUUUCGAGACUCUCAUCCAGGGGGAGUACCAGGUGCAUUUCAAUCACUCGGAUGUAGCCGCUGGGAAGGGCCCGGCUUUGGGAGCGGGCUCUGCCAACACUUUGGGACUGCCUUAUUACAAUGGCGUGGGGACUGUCCAGAAGGGGAGACCCAGGAAAAGAAAAAGCCCGGGGCCUGGAGCAGAUCUGGCAGCCUACAAUGCAGCUUUAAGUUGCAAUGAAAACGAUGGUGACCACCUGGACAGAGACCAGCAAUACCCCAGCAAUCAAAAAACAAAGCGCAUGAGGACGUCCUUCAAACACCACCAGCUGCGGACAAUGAAGUCAUACUUUGCUAUUAACCACAAUCCUGAUGCCAAGGACUUGAAACAGCUAGCUCAGAAAACCGGCCUCACCAAAAGAGUUCUUCAGGUUUGGUUUCAAAAUGCUCGAGCCAAAUUCAGACGGAACCUCUUACGUCAAGAAAACACAGGGGUGGAUAAGACUUCAGACUCAACACUCCAAGCAGGGACCCCUUCAGGUCCUGCCUCAGAAAUAUCCAAUGCCUCCAUGAGUCCAUCCAGCACUCCCACUACUUUAACAGACUUGACUAAUCCCACUAUGCCAACUGUGACGUCGGUCUUGACAUCAGUGCCCGGAAGUCUUGAGGUUCAUGAAUCUCGAAGUCCUUCACAGACAACUCUUACAAAUCUUUUCUGAUGACUCUUUCUUAAUAAUUUCUUUAAAAAAGAAAUUAUUCUUAGCUGAAAUUCCAAGUGUAUUUUAAUAGAGGCUUUGAGCAAUUGACUAACCACAAUUAGGAUCUCUCCUAAAAAACAGAAGGAAAUGUAGUGUUCUGGUAUUACGGAGUAUGGACUGAAGAAUAACUUGGAAGAUCUAUUGCAACACAACAUUUGUGUAACUGUACAGUUUUGUGGACUGAGCAAGGGAAACAGCAAUUAAUUUAAGUUGGCUAAAGCUUCUGUAUUUUCAAAGACUGCCAUGUGCCUUAUAUACUGUUUUAUCUACAUUCUUUGGAUUCCAUGUCCACUUCUCUCUUUUUCUCUCUGUAUAUUUAUGACCAGGGCAAAAAUGUUAAAGAGUUUGUUACUUUGAAUAGUCCUAAGCCUUUCAUUGGUUGCUUUGUUGUUUUAGAAUUUUAAGGUCGAAGUCUGUUCGAAUACCAGAAUUUGUAAAAUCUAACCAGUA